AGCAAAAGCCCCAGGCUCCCGAGCCCCCGCCGCCGCCGAGCCUGGAAGCGGGAGCGGGUGCAGGGCCCCCGGCGGCGCCCGUGGAGCCGGACCGCGACGGCCCCAGGGAGGAGGACGAGCCCAAGUUGGCGCCCGGACCGCAGGUAGGAGCGAGCGAGGAGAGUCCGGCUGCUCCGGCACUUUCCCCUCCCGGGAGCGGGGCCGGGGUGAGCUUGGGGAUGGACCAUCCUCCACUGGCUGGGGCUGAGGCUGUCUCCCCUGAGGCGGGAGUGGAGGCUGGACCCUUCUCUCCAAGCCGAAGCAUGGUCCGUCCUGUCCUGUGACCAGGGCUGCCUGCCCUCUCCCGCCGCCUCCCGGCUGGAGCAGGGGCUAAACCUUCUGGUCGUACACCCACACUGGGACUAGGCUGUGCUCCUGAGGGCACAGCUCAGCCCUCUGCCCUUCACCUCCCCCUGGGCCCACCUGCUUCCCCACCUACCCACAGCCCAGCCUGGGGCGCUGUGGCCUGGAAGGCUGCAGCCUCUUCCCUUUCCCCACCCUGGGAGCGGCCCCACCCUUUCCCCUCACUGCCUGCAGCCACUGCCCCCUGAGCAGCUGUGUGCCCCCAGCAUAUGUCUCCUGUGGCCUCCCGCCUCUCCCUGCCCAGAAGACUAUUUGGUGGGGCGCCUGCACUGAAGCGUAAACUAGCAAAGCCUGCCCUUUCUUCCCUGUAUACCUCUGACCAACAAGGUGGCCCACCCCAACCCUCAGAUCCCUGGGUUUGGUGAAUCCUGCUGAGAGUGAGCAGUAGCAGGACUCAGCAAAGCUUCCAGCUUAUCACCUGGAAGAAGGUCACUUUCUUUUGAGCAAAGGAGAUAAUGGGAGGUACCCUGCUAGUGUUCACUGAGAGCCCGGGGUGGCAUGAGCCACAGUUGCUCUGGGAGGGCUGGGUGGCUCGCCCUAAGCUUGCUCUGACAAAAGAGUUUUGAGUUGGUCUUUUGGCUGAGCCUGCCAAGGAAGGCAGGCUCCUGCAGGAGUCUUGGAGGGUCGGAUGCAGCGCCGGAUGAGGAUGAGGCGUGGCGGAAGAUGCGUUUGGCUCUGCAGACACUGCAUCGGGCAGCAGGGGACUCUGGGAGGCUGGUGCAGCCAGAAGGCAUGGCUCUUGACAGCCUUCUAGUAGAAUCUCUGGAAUUGUGCAUGACAGAAGAGGAAAGAAACUAACGGGUAUUGAGCACCUACUGUGUGCCAGGCCCAGGCCAGCAAAACUACACGUCCUGGUGUUUUCCUUAAGAAUGUGGUCACCAUCAGCACAGGGAAAGGGACUUGGAUGUUGGCCUCAUCUCCUCCCUCUGGAGUUACUAUGGCACCUAAUAGGUCCCCCCCACCUCCACCCAGUCUGUGCAGACUUGCUGCCUGCUAUGUCAUCGGGAACGCAAAGGCUGGGAAGAAGGCCCUUCCCAAAACGGACUGGUGUUGCAGGGUGAGAAGCUGCCCCCUGACUUCAUGCCAAAGCUUGUCAAGAAUCUCCUAGGCGAGAUGCCUCUAUGGGUCUGCCAGAGUUGCCGAAAGAGCAUGGAGGAAGAUGAAAGGCAGACAGGUCGAGAGCAUGCAGUGGCGAUCUCCUUGUCACACACAUCCUGCAAAUCACAGUCUUGUGGGGGUGACUCUCAUUCCUCUUCGUCCUCCUCUUCAUCGUCCUCGUCCUCCUCCUCCUGCCAUGGGAACUCAGGGGACUGGGAUCCCAGCUCCUUCCUGUCAGCACAUAAGCUUUCAGGCCUCUGGAACUCUCCGCACUCCAGUGGGGCCGUGCCGGGUAGCUCACUCGGGAGUCCUCCUACCAUCCCUGGUGAGGUUUUCUCUCUCUCGGAGCACCACCGGCACUCAGACCUCACUGCUCCACCCAACAGCCCCACUGGCCACCACCCCCAGCCAGCAUCGCUGAACCCAUCUCAGCCCGGAUCCUUCGGCUCACCACCCCACCCGCACCUGCUGCCUGCUGCCCCGGCAGCGCCUUUCCCUGCCCAGGCUUCAGAAUGCCCUGUUGCCACUGCUGCCGCCCCCCACACCCCAGGGGCAUGUCAGACCCCCCACCUGCCCUCCACCAGCAUGCCACUCCUGAAGAUGCCUCCACCAUUCUCGGGGUGCAGCCACCCCUGUAGCGGGCACUGCAGCGGGCACUGCAGUGGGCCUCUCCUCCCACCUCCCAGCUCUCAGCAACUCCCUAGCACUCACAGCAGGGACCCUGGGUGCAAGGGGCACAGGUUUCCGCACAGCGGCCUGGCCUGCCAGCUCCCCCAGCCCUGCGAGGCAGAUGAGGGCCUGGGUGAGGAAGAGGACAGCAGCUCAGAGCGCAGCUCCUGCACCUCCUCCUCCACUCACCAGAGAGAUGGAAAGUUCUGUGACUGCUGCUACUGUGAGUUCUUCGGCCACAAUGCGCCACCCGCUGCCCCGACGAGUCGGAAUUACACAGAGAUCCGCGAGAAGCUCCGCUCGAGGCUGACCAGGCGGAAAGAGGAGCUGCCCGUGAAGGGGGGCGCCCUGGGCGGGAUCCCUGGGGAGCCCGCCGUGGACCACCGAGAUGUGGAUGAGCUGCUGGAAUUCAUCAACAGCACGGAGCCCAAAGUCCCCAACAGCGCCAGGGCCGCCAAGCGGGCCCGGCACAAGCUGAAAAAGAAGGAAAAGGAGAAGGCCCACUUGGCAGCAGAAGCUCUAAAGCAGGUGAAUCGUAGUGUUUCUGGAAGCCGGGAGCCUAGGCCUGCCAGGGAGAGGCUCUUGGAGUGGCCUGACCGGGAGCUGGAUCGGGUCAACAGCUUCCUGAGCAGCCGUCUGCAAGAGAUCAAGAACACUGUCAAGGACUCUAUCCGUGCCAGCUUCAGUGUGUGUGAGCUCAACAUGGACAGCAAUGGAUUCUCUAAGGAGGGGGCUGCUGAGCCAGAGUCCCAGAGCCUAUCCCCCUCAAACCUCAAUGGCUCCUCAGAGCAACGGCCUGACAUUAACCUUGACCUGUCCCCUUUGACUUUGGGGUCCUCUCAGAACCACAUGCUACGAGUUCCAGGUGAGCCAGCCCCACCGUGGACAGAAAUGAGAGGCUCUCACCCACCAUGGACAGAGGUGAGGGGGCCCCCUCCCGGUAUCAUCCCUGAGAAUGGGCUAGUGAGGAGACUCAACGCCGUGCCCAACCUUUCCCGGGUGAUCUGGGUCAAGACACCCAAGCCAGGCAACCCUAGCCCUGAGGAGCCAAGCCCAAAGGAGGUUCCCAGUUGCAAGCAGGAGCUGCCCGAGCCUAUGGCCUCAAGUGGGAAGCCGCGGAAGGGCAAGAGACAGGGCAGUCAGGCCAAGAAGAACGAGGUGAGCCCAGCCCCCCGGUCCCCAGCCAGCCUCGAGGCUCCCAGUGCCAAGGGCCAGACCCCCAGCUCCAAGCAGCCAGGCAAGGCCCCGGAGCCUCCCAAAGUGGGCAGCUGUGCCGAGGCUGGAGAGGGGAGCCGGGGGAGCCAGCCAGGACCAGGCUGGGCUGGCAGCCCCAAAGCCGACGAGAAGGGCAGCUCCUGGCGAAACUGGCCAGGUGAGGCCAAAGCACGGCCUCUGGAGCAGGAGUCCAUGCAGCCCCCAGGCCCAGCGAGGCCACAGAGCUUGCCGCAGGGCAAGGGCCGCAGCCGCCGGAGCCGCAACAAGCAGGAGAAGACGGCCGCCUCCCUGGACGAUGUGUUCCUGCCCAAGGACAUGGAUGGGGUGGAGAUGGAUGAGACUGACCGGGAGGUGGAGUACUUCAAGAGGUUCUGUUUGGAUUCUGCAAAGCAAACUCGCCAGAAAGUUGCUGUGAACUGGACCAACUUCAGCCUCAAGAAAACCACUCCCAGCACAGCUCAGUGAGCCCCCUGCCGGGUCGAGCUGCUUCAGGGUGUCCUGAGACCCCAACUGCCAGCUGAAGGUCUACAGUUUCUUCCUCCACAUCCCUACCCACCUGCCCACGAUCCUCCCUGCUCCUCGCCAUCCUGGACCAACCAAAAGUUGAACGGAUGCUGUGCCGUGCUGGGGCCCCUCAGGACCUCCGCAGAGCCGCUUCCUGGUGCUACCCAGCCUCCUCACUCAGAGCCUGGGGGCUGGACUGGCCUGUGGGCCGGGGGCUGAUGGUACUGCUGGCCCAACACUGCUCUCUUUGUGUUUGGUUUUGUUUUUGUUCUUGUUUUUCAAUUCUUUACUUUUGAUACUGUGAAGAUCUUUCCUGCAGAAAGAUAAAGCAACAUUUGGACACAGA